AUGACGACUCCUCACGUCCUAGAAUUUGAGCCUGAUGGCCGCCCGAUCGAGUUCACUACCUGGCUAGAUGACUUACAGCUUUUUCUGCUGACUGAUUCCAAAGACGGCGUCUCCUUGUUUGACUUUGCCUCUAGCGCCUCUGCCGCCCCUGCUGAUACCGCUGACGCACUCGCUCGCUCUAGCUGGCAGACCCGUGACGCUGUAGCCCGCCUAGCGAUUCGCAACCACCUGCCGAUCCCUGAGCAAGCCCACUUUAUCCAGCACAAGACCGCUAAGGCGCUGUACGACGCAGUAGUUGCGCGCUAUUCUUCUCCCGCCACGGCAGCCCUCGGCCGUCUUAUGCUGCCCUACCUGUUCCCCGAUCUGUCCUCGUUUUCCACUAUUGAGGAUCUGAUCUCUCACCUGCGUGCUAGUGACCUUCGCUUCCGUGCUGCACUCUCAGACGAGUUUCUCACGCAGAACCACCCCCCGAUGUACUUCACCCUUUACUUCCUCGUCACCCGCCUCCCUGACUCCCUUCGCUCGGUCAGGGACCACUUCCUUGCUCUCGACCCCUCUACCCUCACCAUAGACGACUUCGAGAAGCAACUUCUGGUAGCGGAGAAGAGCAUUGUCGUUGUCAGUGCUGCUCGAGGCACUCCCCGCACCCCCAUCUUUGAGGGGUGCUCUCCCUCUCCCCUCGCCUCCUCUCAUGCCUCUGUUGCUGCUGCAGUCGACUUCCUGUGUGCUGCGGAGGUCGGGGCGGCUUCCGCUCCUAGUGGGAAGCGCCGCAGCGCCAAGGGCAAGGGUGGUCGGGGUGCUGGAGGUGGUGGCGGAGGAGGAGGUGGGGGAGGUGGGGGUGGUGGUGGGGGUGGAGGCGGUGGGGGGAGUGGCGGCGGUGGCGGUAGCAAUGGAGGUGGCAGCGGCGGCAGUGGGGGAGGAGGGAGCAGUGGUGGCGGCGGUGGUGGGGGCUGGAGUUCCGGUGGUGGCCAGGGGCAGCAGCAGCAGCAGCAGCAGCGUCAGCGCCAGACCCCCACGCCCCAGCAGCUCCAUGACUGGUACGCUCAGCGUGGGGCGUCUGGGGGUCCUGUUCGCUGCCCCUAUAUCAUUCGCACUGGUCCCUGCACUGGUCGCACAUGCAACGGCUUUCACACUGAGUACCGCUGCCUCUCUUGUCUUAGCGACGCUUGGCGUGCCAGGUUCCCUGAUGCGAUUGAACUGCCCAAGUGGGCAGACCUGAUGAGGCGUGAGGUUCCUAUCUUUGAUCUGGACUAUGAUAAGAUUCUUGCUGCCAUGUAUGCAUUGACUGUUAGUGCUGAGGGUGACUGCUAUUUGUGCUUCCCCCCUGACCCUGGUAUAGAGGUUGCUGCUCUAGGUGCUAGUGAGUCUGCCCCCCCUGGUACUGAGUCGGCACAGGCCUUGCACACUUUUACACUUGACUCUGGUGCUUCUCGCUGUUUCUUUCGCGACAGUACCACUGUCACUCCCCUUUCUGCGCCUGUCCCUGUCUCACUGGCUGACCCCUCUGGGGGCCCAGUGCUUGCUCGUUCCUCCACUGUGCUCCCGUGUCCGGCGGUCCCGUCCGGUGAGCUGUCUGGUCUCCACAUCCCCACGUCUCUGCCUGCCCUCCCUCCCUCGCCUGCGCCGCCCUGCAUUCCUUGCGUCGAGGGGCGGCAGCGCGCCGCUCCUCACUCCUCCUCCUUCCCUCCCACAGAGGCUCCGCUACACACUCUUCACCUGGACGUGUGGGGCCCAGCCCGCGUCCAGGGACAGGGCCGUGAGCGGUACUUCCUGCUGGUUGUCGACGACUACUCGCGCUACACCACGGUCUUCCCCUUGCGCAGCAAGGGUCAGGUCCCUGCUGUUCUGAUCCCCUGGAUCCGCGCUGUUCGUCUCCAGCUCUGCGAGCGGUUCUUCUCGGACUUUCCUGUCCUGCGUCUGCACUCUGACAGAGGUGAUGAGUUCUCCUCCGACCUCUUGCGAGCCUUCUGUGAGGAGCACGGCAUCCGCCAGUCGUUCACGCUUCCGGCCUCUCCGCAGCAGAAUGGGGUUGCUGAGUGCCGCAUUGGCUUGGUCAUGGAGGUCGCUCGUACCUCCAUGAUCCAUGCAGCUGCCCCCCAUUUUCUGUGGCCGUUUGCGGUCCGGUACGCCGCACAUCAGCUCAACCUCUGGCCCUGUGUCUCCUUGCCGGAGACCUCGCCCACACGGGGGAGGUUGGCGAUGCGUCGCGCUUCCGGGUCUGGGGUGCUCGUGCCUUUGUCCGCGAUACCACUGCGGACAAGCUCUCCGCUCGCGCCAUUCCCUGCGUCUUCCUUGCCUGGGGGUGCUGAGCGUGAGGGUGCGGAGCCUGGGGGUGCUGAGCCUAGGGGUGCGGAGCCUGGGGGUGCUGAGCCUGAGGGUGCGGAGCCUGGGGGUGCUGAGCCUAGGGGUGCGGAGCCUGGGGGUGCUGAGCCUGGGGGUGCGGAGCCUGAGGGUGCUGAGCCUGGGGGUGCUGCGCCUGGGGGUGCUGCGGUACUUCGUGAGCAGUCUCCUUGGAGCGGUCGUCUUCGGAGUCGCACUCCUGGCGCCUCGUUGCAGCCCUCCACCCUGCGUGAGCCUCUUUCCCUGCAGCAGCUCCAUGAGUGGGUGCUGGACGUUCGAGCGCUGCUGGCUUCGGAGGUGCUCGCACUUCUGGUGCUCGAGCUGCCGGAGCUGGUAGUGCUACUGGUACUGGAGUUUUGGCCGCUGGUGGUGCCAGGGCUGGAGUUGCUGACCCUGGAGGCGCUGGAGCUCCUGGCGCGGGAGCUGGGUCCUGCGGCUGGAGCUGUCGGUACUAGUGCUGGAGACGUUGUGCGACCACGACCGUACUUCGUUCCCCUACUUCGCCAGGUUCUUGGUCUCCCGUCUUCUACUGACCUGUGUCCACUGCCAGACCAGUCCCAGCCACAGUUACAGCCUGCCUCCCCACUGCCUGCUCCUCCUCCUUACACUGAGCAGCCUGAGUCUCUUACAAAGCGUCGUCCGCCUGCGUCUCGUCCUGUCUCACCUGUUCGCGCUGCUCGCACUGGUCGCCGUGUUCCGCGUCCGCGUCCUCCUCCUGUCCCAGACACGCACCAGAUGACACUUCGUCCUUCCUCUGUUCCACAGCGUGUCCCCCUGCCGUCUCCUCCUGCGUCCUCUUUGCCUGAGUCUGACACCGUUUGUCACCCGACUGUCACACGCCUGUUGGCCACUGUUGUCACUGACCCUUCGUUUGAGUCUACUGCUGCGUCUGCCUUUGUCGCUGAGCUUGUUGACUUUGCUGCUGCCUGUCGUCUAGACUACGCUGCCAGUCUUGUUGCUGAGUCUGAGUCUGUCUGUCCUCCGUCCGUCGGGGGUGAGUGUGCUUUUGGCACGGACGUCCUUGAGGACAGGCAGGAGGACCUUGACUGUCUUGCGGCUGCUGUACCUCAUCUUACGGCCUGGCUGCUUGCCCCUGAAGGAGACCCGGAUGCACCAGACAUCCCUACCCCGCGCUCUUACGCAGAGGCGGUCUCGGGUCCCUACUCCUCUCAGUGGCAGACAGCCAUGGACGCAGAGAUGGCAUCCUGGAAGUCCACAGGCACCUACGUCGACGAGGUUCCCCCUCCUGGGGCGAACAUCGUCGAUGGCAUGUGGAUUUUCAGGGUGAAGCGACCGCCGGGUUCUCCGCCUGUCUUCAAGACUCGUUACGUUGCUCGAGGCUUCAGUCAGCGGCAGGGAGUUGACUUCUUCCAGACCUUCUCCCCUACCCCAAAGAUGACCACUCUUCGGGUGCUGCUGCACGUUGCCGCUCAGCGUGACUACGAGCUUCACUCUCUUGACUUCAGCACAGCCUUCUUGCAGGGCAGCCUGCACGAGGAGAUCUGGCUGCGCCGUCCUCCUGGCUUCACUGGGUCGUUCCCUCCUGGUACCCAGUGGAGCCUCAGGCGGCCAGUCUACGGUCUCCGCCAGGCGCCGCGCGAGUGGCACGACACACUGAGGACGACGCUUGCGGCUCUUGGGUUUGCUCCUUCCACUGCAGACCCGUCACUGUUCCUGCUUACAGACACAUCACUGCCGCCGUUCUACAUCCUCGUGUACGUCGACGACUUGGUCUUUGCUACUGCUGAUACUGAGGCACUCGCUCUUGUGAAGUCGGAGCUGCAGAAGAGACACACGUGCACAGACCUGGGUGAGCUGCGCAGUUACCUUGGCUUGCAGAUCACCCGGGACAGAGCACGCCGCACCAUCACCCUGACUCAGUCACACAUGGUGCAGCAGGUCCUUCAGCGCUUCGGCUUCCAGUUCUCCUCACCACAGUCCACUCCUCUGCCCAACGGCCACUCGCUCUCAGUUCCACCUUCGGACGAGUCCGUAGAGCUGAGUGGCCCGUAUCCAAAGCUUGUGGGCUGCCUCAUGUACCUGAUGACCUGCACUCAUCCUGACCUUGCGUACCCUCUUAGCAUCCUGGCUCGCUACGUUGCGCCUGGGAGACACCGGCGAGAGCACUGGGAGGCUGCUAAGAGGGUGAUGCGCUACUUGUGCAGCACAUCAGGCAUGGGGCUGGUGCUUGGAGGACGGGGCCUAGUUGUCCUCACUGGACACUCAAACGCCUCUUGGGUUGACGACCAGACUACGCAGCGAUUGUCGCAGGGUUACACCUUCAGCCUUGGCUCUGGUUCUGUUUCUUGGCGGUCCACCCGCUCUUCUUCUGUUCUCAGCUCCAGUUGUGAGGCUGAGAUCUACGCAGGGGCCAUGGCUGCACAGGAGUUACGCUGGCUUACCUACCUGCUGACUGACUUGGGAGAGCAGCCUCGUUCUCCUCCAGUUCUGUACGGCGACAACAAGGCAGCCCUUGCCUUGUGUCAGAAGCACAGACUGGAGCACAGAACGAAGCACAUUGCUCUACGCUACUUCCUUGCUCGAGAGCUGCAGCAGCGUGGCCAGCUUCGUCUUGUGUACAUGGACUCGCGGGCCAACACUGCUGAUUUAUUCACCAAGGCGCUUCCGCCUAGUGACCAUCAGCGGCACUGUACUUCUUUAGGCCUUGUGUCUUCGUUCCCUCACUUGCUUACUGCUUGA